UUUUUGUCUAUUUGUUUUAACGUGUUUUCAGUUAGUCCACUCUCCUCAACAUUAUUUUGUUUUUUUGCGCUACAUUAUUGAGUUUCCACGUAAAAUGGGUGGAAAGACGACGCAAUACCGAAAAAUCCUGCGGGUGCUGAAGGCAAAAGAGAAGGAACUGCAAAAAAUUCGUGGCAAGCAAAAAUGCGCAAAAGAUGUGCAAAAUGAAAAGGAUUUGGCACAAAGAGAGGCGGAAGUGAUCAAGGAUAUUGCAAAACUUAGAGCUGAGAAGAAAAAAUACGAAAUUUAACUUUUGAGCCGGACAUCCUUUUGUUUUGCCGGAAUUCAAAUCAAAACGAUGACUGCGACCUUGAAGACUCUUUCAGUAUUCUGAAAUACUUUUUUUAAAUUUUGGGACCUUUAAUUGAACUCAUUCGAAUUAAUCGAAUUCUAAGAAGAAAUUGAGGAAAUUAAUAAUUUUUAUUAAUUCAUUUUGCAGACAAUUUUCAACUUGUAAAUUUUGUGAAUUUCUCCUUUGAAAUUUUAACGCUAGUUGGCGCUAAGUGUUACAAAGAAUAAUAAAAGAUGUUUUGUUGAGGAGAAAAUUGGAUUUUCUUCCUAUUUUCUUUUGAAAAGUUUAUCUAGGAGGGUUUGUGAGAUGAAUCUAGGACGCUUUUUGACAACAGCCACAUCCCUGUUCAAUGGAUUCACUGUAGCCUCCUUGAAUGCAGUCCGGGGGAUGGCAUCGUUGCAGAGAAUGCACAGAACGGGUCCCCAUAAGAAGGAAAGAGCCCCACGUCAGCCAUUGGAUGGGAAACCCUUUGCCAAGGGGAUUAUCCUGAAAACUCUCAUAAAGAAACCGAAGAAACCCAAUUCGGCUAAUAGAAAAUGCGUCCUAGUGCGCCUCUCCACGGGCAAGGAGAUGGUUGCGUAUGUUCCGGGCAUUGGGCAUAAUCUCCAAGAGCACAAUAUUGUCCUGUGUCGCGUGGGACGAUUGCAGGAUGUACCUGGGGUGAAGAUAAAAUGCGUCCGGGGUGUUUAUGAUCUACCGCAUGUGAAGAAAGCUUAGAAUUUUAUUGUUAGAAAACGAAUUAAGAAUUACAGAAUUAUUUGUAGAAAUCA